ACAUUGGGAAUAAUGAGAUUCAGAUCUAGAGAGAGAGUGGGAUACUGUGGAGUGGGGUUAGAGAGAGAGAGCGUGUGGGAAGAGGAAGUAGUAUAAAUGAGCCAAGUCUCUCAGCAUGUACUCGCGCCGUUCACUUCUCUGAGAGUAAUAUCGAUUGGCUCUCUCUCUUUCUCAACUAAGCAACCUCCAUUUCUUCACUUCUCCUUUCGUCUGCGGAAGUUGUCCUCUUUUUCUUCUUCUUUUAGAGCAAUGGCGUCACACAUUGUCGGUUACCCUCGCAUGGGGCCCAAGAGAGAACUCAAGUUUGCAUUGGAAUCCUUCUGGGAUGGCAAAAGCAGUGCUGAGGAAUUGCAAAAGGUGGCAGCAGAUCUUAGGUCAUCCAUCUGGAAGCAGAUGGCUGAUUCUGACAUCAAGUUUAUUCCAAGCAAUACUUUUUCAUAUUAUGAUCAAGUGUUGGACACCACAGCAAUGUUAGGUGCUGUUCCCCCUAGAUAUGGUUGGAAUGGUGGUGAGAUUGGAUUUGAUGUUUACUUUUCCAUGGCUAGAGGUAAUGCCUCUGUCCCUGCUAUGGAAAUGACCAAGUGGUUUGACACCAACUACCAUUACAUUGUCCCUGAAUUAGGACCAGAAGUUAAGUUCUCUUAUGCAUCUCAUAAAGCUGUUGAUGAGUACAAGGAGGCCAAAGCUCUAGGAAUUGAAACUGUACCUGUCAUCGUAGGUCCAGUUUCUUAUUUACUGCUAUCAAAACAAGCAAAGGGUGUGGAGAAAUCUUUCUCUCUUCUUUCCCUACUUGACAAGAUUCUUCCUGUCUACAAGGAAGUUGUGACUGAGCUGAAGGAAGCUGGUGCAAGUUGGAUUCAGUUCGAUGAGCCCAAGCUUGUCAUGGAUCUUGAUGCUCACGAAUUACAAGCAUUUACUCAAGCAUACUCAGAGCUGGAGGGAACUUUAUCUGGUGUGAACGUUUUGAUUGAGACAUACUUUGCUGACAUUCCAGCUGAGGCAUACAAAACUCUCACAUCUCUGAAGGGUGUUAGUGGAUUUGGGUUUGAUCUAGUUCGUGGGACUAAGACCCUUGAUUUAAUUAAGGGUGGAUUCCCUACAGGCAAAUUCCUCUUUGCUGGAGUAGUUGAUGGAAGGAACAUUUGGGCUAAUGAUCUCGCUUCUUCCAUUGAUUUGCUGCAUUCUAUUGAAGCCAUUGUUGGAAAAGACAAGGUUGUGGUGUCAACUUCCUGCUCUCUUCUACACACUGCUGUUGACCUUGUAAAUGAACCUAAGUUGGACAAAGAGAUCAAGUCAUGGCUAGCAUUUGCUGCACAGAAAGUACUUGAAGUAAAUGCCUUGGCGAAGGCACUUGUGGGACAAAAGGAUGAGGCUUUCUUCUCUUCCAAUGCGUUAGCUCAGGCUUCAAGAAAAUCCUCUCCUAGGGUCACAAAUGAGGCUGUUCAGAAGGCUGCUGCUGCCUUGAAGGGAUCUGACCACCGCCGGGCCACAAAUGUUAGUGCCAGGCUUGAUGCUCAACAGAAGAAGUUGAACCUUCCAAUUCUUCCCACCACCACAAUUGGAUCUUUCCCUCAGACACUGGAUCUGAGGAGAGUGCGCCGUGAAUACAAGGCUAAGAAGAUCUCUGAGGAUGAUUAUGUCAAGGCCAUCAAGGAGGAAAUUAGCAAAGUGGUCAAAAUCCAAGAAGAACUUGACAUUGAUGUUUUGGUGCAUGGCGAACCAGAAAGGAAUGACAUGGUUGAGUACUUUGGUGAGCAAUUAUCUGGUUUUGCCUUCACUGCAAAUGGGUGGGUCCAGUCAUAUGGUUCUCGUUGUGUCAAGCCUCCCAUAAUCUAUGGUGAUGUGAGCCGCCCCAAGGCUAUGACCGUCUUCUGGUCAACAAUGGCUCAAAGCCUGACUAAGCGACCAAUGAAGGGAAUGCUUACUGGUCCUGUUACCAUUCUGAACUGGUCCUUUGUCAGAAAUGACCAACCUAGACAUGAGACAUGCUAUCAAAUUGCGUUGGCCAUCAAGGAUGAGGUUGAGGAUCUUGAGAAAGCUGGAAUCACUGUCAUCCAGAUUGAUGAGGCUGCUUUGAGAGAGGGUUUGCCCCUAAGGAAGUCUGAGCAUGCUUUCUAUUUGGAUUGGGCAGUUCACUCUUUCAGGAUUACUAACUGUGGUGUCCAAGAUACUACACAGAUACACACCCAUAUGUGCUAUUCAAACUUCAAUGACAUCAUCCACUCGAUUAUUAACAUGGAUGCUGAUGUCAUCACCAUAGAGAACUCAAGGUCAGAUGAGAAGCUUCUCUCAGUUUUCCGUGAGGGAGUGAAGUACGGUGCAGGCAUUGGCCCUGGUGUGUAUGACAUUCACUCACCUAGGAUCCCAUCCACGGAAGAAAUCGCUGAUCGUAUUAACAAGAUGCUUGCAGUCCUUGAAAGCAACAUUCUUUGGGUCAACCCAGAUUGUGGCCUGAAGACCCGUAAGUAUGCCGAAGUGAAACCUGCUCUGAGCAACAUGGUUGCUGCUGCCAAGCUUCUUCGCACUGAGCUUGCAAGUGCCAAGUGAGUUACCAGAUCACUGAGCUGAACGCAUACCGUAUCUUAUAUUUGAGAAGGGGGAAGUGACCAUGUAUUAAAGAUGGAAUAAUUUGUUGACCCUUUGUGAAAUGAGUAUUUUUUGUUAUUUUUCUUUCAAAUCUUAUUAGGUAGUUAUUAUGUAUCUGAUGUCUGCUCUGCGGAUUUUGUUUUCCAUAUUUAUCCUUAUGAAGCUGUUUUAUCUUCUUUGUUCA